AUGGCCGAUAUUACUUUGCCCGAGCCCUUUGCGAGCAUCCCCAGGGAAUCGUUCCUCUUUGGCCCAUCCCCUAUUCAGCACUUGCCAAGGAUAUCUGAGGCACUGGGUGGUAAGGUGCAGGUCUAUGCCAAGCGAGAGGAUUGCAAUUCUGGAUUGGCAUACGGUGGCAACAAGACCAGAAAGCUUGAAUAUCUUGCCUCGGAGGCUUUGGCACAAGGAUGCGACACUCUUGUCAGCAUAGGCGGCGUCCAGUCCAACCACACUCGCCAAGUUGCUGCUGUUGCCACCAAGCUGGGGUUGAAGAGCGCACUGGUACAGGAGCACUGGGUCGAAUGGGACGAUCCCCAUUACACAAAGGUCGGCAACAUCCAGCUCUCCCGAGUGAUGGGUGCGGACUCUCGUCUAGACCCAUCCGACUUUGGAAUCGAGCACAAGGAGACCCUCAAGAAUCUGCAGAAGGAGUUGACCGACGCCGGGCGUAAGCCUUAUUACAUCCCGGCGGGUGCCUCGGACCACCCACUGGGCGGCCUGGGCUUCGCGCGGUGGGCUUUCGAGGUCGAGCAGCAGGAGAAGGCGACGGGAGUCUUCUUCGACACCAUCAUCGUCUGCGCGGUUACCGGCUCGACCAUGGCAGGUAUGGUGGCGGGAUUUAAGCUGGCAGAGAAGCUGGGCUCGCGGAAGCGCAAGGUGAUUGGCAUUGACGCCUCCGCCAAGGUUAAGCAAACAUUUGAUCAGGUCCUGCGGAUCGCGAAGGCGACGGGUGUGAAGAUCGGACUAAAGGAAGACGACAUCACAGAGAGCGAUAUUAUCCUGGACGACAGGUAUCACGCCGGUGUUUACGGCAUACCCGACCAGCAGACCCUUGAGGCCAUCAAGUUCGGUGCGAGCACCGAGGCGUUUAUCACCGAUCCUGUGUAUGAAGGCAAGAGUUUGGCUGGUAUGAUGGACAUCAUCAAGAAAGGAGAGCUACCAGCGGGAAGCAACGUGCUGUACGCCCACUUGGGAGGCCAGCUUGCUCUGAAUGCUUACUCUUCUAUACAAUAG